GGUUAAAAGGCACUAUGCUGGAAAUUUUAAAUACACGGAUAAGACUUGAAGAGCCAAGACAUCAGACAAACAAAACUCCUCGUUUCGAUCUUUAGGGCUAAAAGAAGUUCAUUAACUCAGUUGAAUACAACUUUUGAUUUCUCUUUGCAAUGAUGGGCUGUGAAGAGGGAACAAGCAAUGGUGAUACAGAGUGGUUGAAAACAGGAAGGAGGAUUAAUGGGAUUGAAGUUGGAAGGGUGCAUGAUUUUGGUGAAGGGGGCUCAGUUGCAAGUGAGGGUUUUCGGACGUACAAGAGGCGGAAGCAUGUAAGGUCAACUGAAGAAGCCAAAUUUUUGGAGGAUUCCUUUAGAAUUCAGAAGAGAAACAGAAAUGCUGUACUGUCUCAGAUGCUUGGAUCAUUCAAAGAUGUGGGUGGUAUAGAACAGUGUAUCCGCGAGGCAUUUUUAUUUGAUCCAGAAAUUGUUUGUUCAACCGUUAAGGGAUCUGAUACUCAUGGUCCAGAUAGGAACAAAUGCUCACAAACAGGGAUUCUUAAUGGAUGUCAGUAUUCAGCUAAAGGUGUUGUGGGUGUUGUCUCUGGUGGCCCUUUAAAUGCAUCCGAUCCUUGUAUCAACACUAAUAUGUGUCGGCGUGCUUUCUUUGAUAUUCUAAUUUCCGAAAAGUUCAGCUUGCUGUGUAAGCUACUCCGGGAAAAUUUUGAAGGAUUAAAGUACGACAGAUUUAUUGACUUUAGUGUAAUUCACACAAGGAUGAAAGAAGGAACUUAUGAAAGUUCACCUAUGCGUUUUGUUGAUGAUAUUCAACAGGUUUGGAUAAAGUUUCAAGAGAUUGGCGCUGAAAUGAUUUCUCUAGCAAAGAGUGUUGCAGAAAUUUCGAGGACUUCCUGCAAUGAGCAUGUUGGAGGCCCAGUACCGUCUAAGUAUGAUGAAGAAAAAAAUGAGUUGUUUACUGGGGAAUCCAUCUCUGAUGCUAAAAUGGCACGGCCAGAAGCUUGUGGUGUGAAUAAGGUUUGCACUUGUAGGUGCUGUGAGGAGAAGGCUGAUGGGAAGGAUUGCUUAGUUUGUGAUUCAUGUGAAGAAAUGUACCAUGUCUCCUGUAUUGAGCCAGCUGUUAAAGAGAUCCCUCCAAAAAGUUGGUAUUGUGGUAGCUGCACUGCAAAAGGAAUUGGAUCGCCUCAUGAAAACUGUGCAGUGUGUGAGAGGCUGAAUGCCCCCAGGAAUCAAGGUAUUCAAGUUGGUUAUGGGACCAGUCCGGCAAACGAAACAUUUAUCGGUUUUGAAGGUAAUUCAAACUGUAGUACAGAUGAAAUCCAAGAAUCUAAAGAGAAAAGUUUCCUGAUGUACCCUUGUGGAAUUUGUGGAGUUAUGGUUGCAUCAUGUGAUGAGUUUCAAUAUUGUGACCACGAUUACUGCCCCUAUAAGCUUUAUCAUAAUAGAUGUUUAACACCAAAACAGUCAAAAUCAUAUGGGUCCCGUUGGCUCUGCCCUUCAUGUCUAUGUAGAGGCUGCUUUACUGAUAAAGAUGAUGACAAAAUUGUUUUAUGUGAAACUUGUGAUCAUGCAUACCAUAUCUAUUGUAUGGAACCGCCUCGCAGUUCGAUUCCCAAGAGUGGAUGGUUUUGCAGAAAAUGUGAAACUGGACUUAAAGAAAUACGCAGGGUAAAGGAGGUGUAUGAAAAUAAAAAGAAAAAGAAAGGAGACAAGAGUAUAAAUGCAUAUGAAAAUGGGCAGAAAAAGAAAAGCAGACAGGGUAUAUCAUCAUAUGAAAAUCUUGAGAAGGAACUGAAUGGGAAAAGUGAGGAGGAAUCAGGUGGAUAUAGAGGUGGAAUGGACAUGCUUUUAAAUGCAGCUAAGACCUUAAAUUUUCAAGAGAAUUUGGCAAAGGAGAGGAGCUCAAAGUGAAGAAGAACAAACUCAAAGAAGGGAUAAGAUCUAAAUUUGAUGGGUUUUGUGAAAAUGAUUUUGAUAUUUGUAUGAUGUUUCCCCUGAAACAAAGAAUUUCAUUCUUGCCAUAUUGUUUGGAAAAACUAAUAUUUUUGUAGGCUAACCAUGCUAGAUUUUACAGACUUCUGAUACAUGACUGAUGGGCUAGACAUGAAUAUGGAGAUGGAGGCUGUAUAUUAGUGGUUGUUGUAAGUGAUGGCAUUAAAGUGAAUAUUCAGGGAACCAUUGGAUUUUUUUUUAUUGGCGGAAAUUUUUCAUUCUGUUUGCACGGUUGGGUGGCAGAAGCUUAAUGUUUUCUCACCUCAGUUGUGCUGUAAAAUGAAGAGAACUGUGACCCAAAAUUUUUACAAUGAAAAAGUUUAGGAUAUUCUUUCCUUUGUUAUAAUCUGUGUUAUGUAUCUGGGUUAUAGUUAUUUCUUCAUACAUUUGAUUUUGAUCAUUAAGAUCAUUUCAAUGUUUAUUGUGGUAGGUAAACAUCAUCUGAAACAAAACUUAUAUGAAGUUUUUCUCUUGCUCUUAA